AUGUCCUGGGGUACCUUGGGUACUAUAAGGCCCUUCCUUAACUUCCAUGCUAAGAAAGAUGCUCUGAACAUUCAGGCUGCCCUGGAACAGAAAGACACACUUACUCUGAUAAAAAUCCUGACCAACCGUAGCAAUGCUCAAAGACAAAUCAUCGCUCAGACCUUCAAAACCAUCACAGAGAAGGAGCUGUCCUCUGGGCUGAAGAAGGCCCUGUCUGGGGAGUUGGAGAAUUUGCUGUUGGCCUUGCUGAUGACCCCACUGCAGUUUGAGGCCUAUCGUCUGAGACAAUCCAUGGAGGGCAUUGGUACAGAUGAGGAGGGUUUGCUAGAGAUUAUGUGCACCAGGUCACCCAAUGUGCUUGCCAACAUCACCUCUACCUACAAGGAGCAGUAUAAUAAGGAUCUAGAGACGGACCUGAAGGGUGAGACCAGUGGGGACUUUGCCAAACUCGUUCUGGCCUUACUCAAGAAGAAAAAGGUCGUAGGAAUGGUACAAAGAGACACAGAGGCUCUCGCUGAAGCUAUCAAUCAGGCGAAGGCAGAUCCUGGACCGUGGAUCACCAUUCUGACUACCAGAGACUCUGAACAUCUUAACAAAGUGUUCGUCAAUUUGGAGAGUGAGAAGCGAGAGACAGUGGAUGAAGCAAUAGAGAAGGCAUUCAGUGGAGAUGUGAGACUUGGGCUGAAAACAUUGGUGCGUUGCAUACAGAGCCCAAACCUCUACCUGGCUCAGAGACUGGAGACCAUGAAGGCAGCUAUAGUCCAGGGGGUGAUGGUGUCCCACAGUGAGGAGGAUCUGCUGUGUGUGAGAGUGGCUUAUCUCAGACAGACAGGCACCUCACUCUAUACAGCCCUACAGAAACAAUUCAAAGGAGAUCACCUACAAGCACUGCUGGCUAUCUGUCGAUCUGAAGACUAA